AUGCCAGCUUACGGCAUGCACUUCGAGGUGGGACAGAAGGUUUUCUACCAUCGAUCCUCUGGCGAGUGGGUGCACGCGGAGGUCGUCAAGAUCCAUCAUGGCAAAGUUUGCGAGCUAGAGUACUUCGGCCUGGCAACAGGCCAUCGGCGUCGUCGUCGCCACGCGUUGAUCAAGACCCAGGAGCUCUUGCGGCAGCAGUGGCAUCAGUUGCCUGCGAUUCCGGAGCCCAGACCGCCGGUGAUGUGCUGCCGGACUCCCUCAAUGCCAAGAGCGGAUCAGGCCACGCGCCAUGGUGACACUCGUUUGCAGUGGCGGCGUGGUGGUCAGCACACUGCCCCACUACAAGUUGCCAGCUUCGAAAGGGCCGUGCACUUUGCAGAUCCUCUCACAUCAGAGACCGAAAGCUCUGAUACAUCUGGCAGCACCUCCCUGUCCGACGGCGUCCCUCCGGCUCCUUUGGAGAUGGAGCUGCCGGAGGAGUCGGAGAUGGACCCGGAGGCUAUUGUGGUUUUGGCUGACGACGUCGACCAUGACAAUGCGUUCAGCACA